CUCGGGAACGCGCCCAUGAUGCCCACAAGUGCUGCCCACGUAGACAGUUCAGCGCGUUUGAGACGCAGCGCUUUUGCAGCAGAAAGUUUCCUUCUGGGUGUCAUUCUGCUCACAGCAUUGAUUUGAAGAGUUCACGUUGCUUGUGGAGUGAUGUCGGCCGGUUCUUAGAGGAGUAUGAUAUGUGUGCUCAUUCUAACGGCCCGUUACUUUGACGACACGAGCUCUGGACAGCUUUGGGAAUGAUGAUCGGUAACGAGCGGAGCUCACAGACAUCCAAGCCGCCUCCUCCAGCCUCACCUGCGGCUUUACCGCUCAGCGCGUCCCGCAGAAGAUUCUCCCGAGUCGGGAGGAAACACAGCAAUGGAUCCGUCCAGUCCAGCUCAUCCAGCGGCACAGCCAGAUCAACGGAGAGCGUGGGAAUCCGGCAGCCAGCGAAGAACAAGAUCCGGCGUCACCAGCACCGUCUGUCGGCGGUGUUCGGCCGCGGGCCCAGAGAAGGUUCUGGAGAGAUGGCCGCUGAGGGAGAGGAGGCACUGGUGACAGACGACCCCUCCGAACUGUCCAAUCACAUCACGGCUCCAGGCAUUCUAAAGAUUUUUGGCACGGAGAUCUGUGAAGGAGCCAACUACAAGAGCGUCCUGGCCACAACACGCUCCAGUGCCAGAGAGCUGGUUAAAGAGGCACUCGCCAGAUACUCCCUGAGCAAAGAAGACACUGAUGACUACGUGUUGUGUGAUGUGAUCGGCUGUAUUGGAAACCAGUGCUGGAGGACUGAAUGUGUUCGUGUGGUGGGAGACAAUGAGAAGCCACUGCUGCUGCAAUCGCUCUGGAAACCCAAAGAAGGAUUCGCUCGACGCUUUGAGAUCCAGCGCAAAGCCACAGUAGAAGAAAACAACUCUAAAGACCAGGACACUGUGACCGCUGGAAUAAACGCACAGGCACGUAAGCUGCAGAAGACGCGCUGCAGAGGGAAAUCCGUGCCGCUGGACGUAUGCAUGAGCGAUGACGCAGUGGAUGGCAGACACAAUCUGUUUAAGAGUCUCAGUGAUUCAGAUCUGACAGCUGAAGCUCAAAGCACCUGUACGGAGCGAACGCAAGAGGAGGAUCCAGAGGCCGAGGCCGACAAAGCGACACAGUGUCCUGCUAAUGAACGGGAGGAGACGGAGAGCAGCGAUGACAGCGCCACACAGUAUUCCAUUCACCCGCCUCUGGACUUCCCAUACUUCCUGCUUCUGCAAGGCUUCAGUUACAGACAGGAUUUUGUCAUCUAUGCCCUGAUCAACAGCUGCACAGUAUUCGGACGCCACGAUGAACAAUCUCACAGUGAGACUGAGACUGAUGUCGAUCGCAUGAAUCUCUGGGCUCCCGAUCUUCUGCCCGAUCACUGCAGCGUCACUCGGGCGUCAGUGACCCGACUGAAACCCCUCAACAGAGCCAAGGUGAAGAGGAACGGAGCCAUCAUCAAGCACGAGGUGGAGCUGCAGUCAGGAGACAUCAUCGUUCUGGGCGAUCAUUACCUCUUCAUGUAUAAAGACCCCGCCGUUCCAAAGGUCGCGACCCCUGCAGAAGUGGCUCGGACGAGCAGACGGCCUCCUCUCUGUAAAUCGUGCGUGAGAGCGAGAUCCUGCUUCAGAGACGUGGAUGGAGCAGAGCUGCUUCUGUCGUAUGACGUGGAGCAUGAGUCCAGGGUCCUGAAGGAGAUCUUCGGCGUGGUUGAGCGGGAUCCGGCCGCACACAAACUGACCGCGGCCUUCCUGCUGUGUUUGUGUCUCCAGCAGUCCGCCGCUCACUUCUCAAUGCCGGCUCUCCGGCGACUGCUGCUACAGAUUGCCAACGAGCUGCAGACCAUCGUAUGGGAAAAGGCAAAGGAACUCGCAGCCUUGCAGCCUGAAAUAAGUGAGUCAGACGCGGCAGACUGGGCUUCUGGUGCUGACAGACUGAUCCGAGGUCUGGAGCCGCUGGUCCUCUGGAUGUCCAACUCCAUCCAGAUCCUGCACUUCAUCCACCAGGAGGUUCCUCGCCUGCUGCACGGAGUCUCUCAGGAGGAGGAGGAGGAGGAGGAAGACUGCAUUGCGGUGCUGGAGCUGCGGCUCUCCUCCGUGCGCUCGGCCAGUGAGGAGGCCAUGACGGUCCUGGAGGAGGUCCUGAUGUUCACCUUCCAGCAGUGUGUCUACUAUCUCACCAAGAUGCUGUACCCGCUUCUCCCCGGCGUUCUGGACAGUCAUGCGUUCUCUGACAGCGGGCAGCUGCAGGUGUCUCCUCAGGUCAGACGCGUGCUGGACGUCCUCAGUCAGAGUCUGCGUCUGCUCCGAGCGUUCGACGUGCAUCCAGACAUCAGCGCGCAGCUCUUCUCCUACCUCUUCUUCUUCAUCAACGCUCUGCUCUUCAACCUGCUGAUGGAGAGAGGGUCCGGAGGAGCGUUUUACUGCUGGUCCCGUGGAGUCCAGGUCAGGGCCAAUCUGGAUCUGCUGAUGGACUGGGCUCACGGAGCCGGACUCAUGGAUCUGGCUCACACUUACCUUCUCAAGCUCUCCUCAGCCGUCAAUCUGCUGGCCACACCGAAGGAAAACCUUCUGCAGAUGUCGUGGAAGGCUCUGCGGAUGGAGUUCCCGUCUCUGAACGCUGCUCAGCUCCAUCACAUACUGAGAGAGUACGAGCCGCGGCGCUCCUGUCCCGCAGCGUGGACGCCCUCGGGCGACGAGGACGAGGCGCUCGCAACCGCUGAUAUCCUGGAGAGCUUCGAUCAGCAUCCUCCUCUCGUCCUCCCUGCAGACGGCUUCAUACUGCAGCUGAGAAGAGCAGUCAGUGAGACACAGCUCAUUACACAGCUGCAGCGCUUUCAGAGGACCAUCAGAACCAUCACCACCCCUCAGCUGGCCACUGCAGUGCCGAUGGAGGCCAAGCUCACUAAGCUGGAGCUCCACCCUAAAGCUCAUCUGGAGGCGGGUCACACAGAGAUGGUGAUUCCUCACGCCGGAGCCAGUGACCUGAGCUCAUGUGAAGCUCUUUUGACCAGAAAGCUUCAGAGUCUUGAGCUACAGGAUAAAGAUGCGGCCCGUCCGGCGCUUGACCCGUCGUGUUUACUGACUCCACCGAACACGCCGCAGGACCAGGAGCUGACCGACUCGGACACAGAUUCACACCAGCACACCUCCACAGUCAGAGCGGAGGAAGGUGAGAGCCAGGAGGGUGAUGUGUUUGUGCUGGAGCUGCAGAGAGCCGCGUGUGGCUUGGGUCUGAUGCUGGACGCAGAGGAAAGCCCUUCUACUGUGAGCGGGAUUUACAUCCAGUCAGUGCUUCCAGACUCUCCUGCCGCUUUAUCCCAGAGGCUGAGAGCCGGCGACCGGAUUCUAGCCGUGAAUGGACUGAGUUUGUCCGGAGUCGACCAUCAGACAGGCCGGGAUCUCAUUAAGAUGUCAGGAGACAGGCCUCGGCUGCUGGUUGCCAGAUCUCACAGUGCUACAAAAGAAACAAGGACAAAGCCUUCUACAUAAAACCUAGUGUUAUUUAAAACUCUGCUUUUACCCUUAAAUAGAGAUGCAUAAAGAGUGGACAAAACAAAAUGGCAAAUACAACUUUUUUAACAUCUGGUUUUAUAUGUACAGGUUUCUUGAUUUGUGUGUAAUCUUUGCAUUUUGUGAUUAAAAAUAUAUGGAAACUAUUAAAAUAAUUAA